AUGAAAGCCUCACUCUUUGCCUUGGUCACCGCCUCGGCAUUCCUCGCGGUUCACUGCGCACCAUCGGCUCAGAACGACGGCCCACAUGACGACGAGUUUGAUAUAUGGGGCCAUAUCAAGAAGGAAUUGACGAAAUCGACGUCGCAAAUUAGUACCACCCAGGCACCAACCCGGACCACACUUCCACCCUUGGAGCCAACCACCAACAACGACCAAUUCAAUGACGACGAGGACUUUGCACUCUUUCCUCCCCGAGAAAUGCAUCCUUAUGGAGGAGGCACGCUGUCAAGCUCAUCGUCCUUGCCGGAGCCGACCACCUUGGUCCCAAGAGCUGCGUCAUGGGAGAUCUGCGACGGUACCAAUCCGGACAACCCAUAUACCACCGCCAACGGCAAGAAGUUUUACUACAAUUGCGACUGGCGAUACGAUCUCCUCGACGUCAACGGGUGGCAUCAAUGGUUCAAAACCACCUCGUUCCGUGCGUGUAUCGACUCAUGCUCGACUAAUGACAAGUGUAAUGCCAUCUGGUUUUUCAAGAGUGACAGCGAGUGUUGGCUGUUGGAUGCCGCGCGCAAGCAAAAGGCCUCGGAACUGACCUACAACGACGUCUCACAUGGCAUCGACUCGGCCAUCUUGCUCUGA